CUGUCAACUACUGCCCUUUAUUCGGAUAGUCCUAACUAUUUUACCGACAUCUUUUCGUCACCUUUAGAGGAAUCUCGUACGAAAACCAUGAUAAUUGAUAGAGAUCCAGCGAUUUUUACGGAUAUCGUUAAACAUUUGCAAGGAUAUAUUAUUACUCCUCGGGAUGAG